AUGCGGCUUAAUCCUGAACUUUCAAAGGAUUCAACUGUGCCAAAAACAUCUUAUAUGUGCAGGUCCUGUAGAUUUAAAUUCAAUCAUUGGGAAAGACAGUUGUCUCAAAGAAGAGUCCAGAUUGCGCAAGCAUAUGAUAGUGACCAAGGACUUUCCUCUGCCUAUAGCACAUCCAGUGCUUCAUAUAGUUCAAAUGUAGCCUCUACAUCAUCGGCAUCAUCUGGAUCAGUUUCUGACUCAUCGGAAGCUACCACAUCAUCAUCGCAGCGAGAUCAACUGUCAAUGCCGCCCCCUCCAGUAUCUUAUGCCUCUUCAUCUAAUUCAGGCUCAACGCGGCGGCGUACGGAUUUGAACUUACAGUUGAUUCCAGCCCCUCCUUCUAGACGUGAAGCUAGAAUGGAGAUCGACUCAGAUGAGGCACAAACCCCUUUAGUUCAAGCUCCAACAAUAUUGACCAAGUAUCAGAAGGUUGAGUGCCCAAGACUAUCUUGCGUCUUUGGUUGCCGAUGGCCAGGUCGUGCAAAUGCUAGAAACCUUCUUCUAGCUGAAAGAAUCUAUCUUCUUAAAAAUAAAAACAUCUAUGUAAACGCUAUGGCAAGAAUCUGCAAACAUCACGAUUUUUUUGGCGCCAUUGAGUUUAUUGACCAAGUUUAUUUAACCAGACAAUUCACAGUUGAAGACAUCGAAGAUGUUUUUUCAUUUCCAAAUAAAAUUCAAGAGCGUUUUACCUUCAGAAGAUGUGAUGAAAUAUCCGAUGAGAUUUCAAGAAGAUGGACUUCACUCACUAUGCGACAAUUAAUAGAGCUUACAAACGAAAUCAAGCUUAGCACCGAUAUUCAGUUCCCUGAGAGAGCAGUAGCUUGUUAUCUUGCAAAGCUAAGAACUGGCGAAUCAUGGGAAAGAAUAUUCGACAUUAUUGGCAUUCCCUGUUCAACUGGAUACAGUUAUGUGACUCAAGCAAGAGAUGCUCUGAACUCUCAGUUCGUACCUAAAUACAUUGGUUUCGACAAUAUUACGAGAGAAGAUGCAUUAGCACACAAUACGCACAUCGCCAGUGGUCUUCUUGCUGACUCAGAUCCACAAAAAUUGAUUGUUGUUUGUGAUGGUACUUAUGUGUAUCAUCAGAAAAGUGCCAACUUCCCUUUUCAGAGAGCCUCAUAUUCUCCACAUAAAUAUCGAAACCUGUUUAAACCAAUGGUUAUAAUAGCUACUGAUGGUUAUAUUCUAGAGGUUACAGGCCCUUAUGAAGCUUCAAAAAAUGACUCUGCUAUAAUGUCAGAGCUAAUGGGUUAUGACUCAUUUCAAAAUUUUUUCCAGCAGAAUGACAUAUUCGUACUGGAUAGAGGAUUCAGAUAUGUCGAAGAACAACUUAUCACUGCUGGAUUCAAAACUUACAUGCCAUCUUUACUAAAUAAGAAUCAAUCUUCCUUCACAACAGAACAGGCAAAUCACUCUCGUAUAGUAACUAAAGUUCGAUACGCAGUCGAGGAUGUCAAUGGUAGAGUUAAGUCUGUUUAUAGAAUCUUCAAUAAUGUAUGGCAAAAUAAAGCCUUAGACCAUGCAUUUACAGACUUCAGAAUAGCCUGUGCUCUACUCAAUAAGUUUGGUUCACGGCUUGAGUCAGACAAAGAUGUUGAUUUUGAUAUUGUUUCUGAAAUGCAGAGACGCAAUCUUCCAGACAAUCCAAUGAAAGAAAUCGUUCGUAGAUUUAAAAGAUACGUUCAAGAGAGUCGUCAGUGGGCCAACAUAGACGGUGAAAAUCUUCAUCAUUCAUUCCCAGUCUUAACACUCAAUCAGCUAAUGCAUUUCACGCUUGGGUCCUAUCAAAUAAAGCAAGCAUAUGGUUACUAUGCAGAACAUGUAUCUUCCAAUGGAGGAUUCUUUAUACAAGUCUAUAAAGAUAUUUUGCGACCAUUAGACCUGAGUGGGACCAAUAUACAAGCAGUUGAUCCAGUUCUUAUUAGAGCCAGAAUACAAUCUAGGCACGUUAAUGCAGCUAAGUACCUAGCUUAUGUUCUUUACGACAAACACGCACCAUUAAAUAUUCAUUAUAUUUGUACAUGCAAAAAUGGCAUGAGAACUAUAGGAUGCUGCGCUCAUAUUGCGACAGUUAUUUGGUAUUUAGGCUAUGCAAGGCACCAAGAAAGCAUAAAGAUCACAAGAGCACCAAUGUCAACCUUGACAGUAAGAUACGAGUCUGAUGAUGAAGACGACUGA